CGUUCCCCUUUCAUGACAAAUCUUUGAGCAAUAGUAAUUUUGAUAGGGAAUUUCAAUGAUGGCGAUGCAGGUUCAUAUCGUGUACUUGGGGUCUCUUCCUGACAGGGAGUUCUCGCCCUUGAAUCACCACCAUAGUAUUCUGCAGAGAGUUGUUCAGACCAGUUCACCGGAAAAUUUAUUGGUACGAAGUUACAAAAGGAGUUUCAAUGGGUUUGCUGCCAAACUCACUGACGAGGAAAGAGAGAAACUUGCUAGCAUGAAAGAAGUUGUAUCUGUCUUUCCAAGCACAACAUUCCAACUGCACACGACGAGAUCUUGGGACUUUAUGGGUUUAGAUGAGAAAACCAGUCGAAAGUCUCUGGUUGAGAGUGAUAUAAUUGUGGGGGUUAUUGACAGUGGAAUAUGGCCGGAAUCUGAGAGCUUUAAAGAUGAAGGUUUUGGUCCUCCUCCCAAGAGGUGGAAAGGUGCUUGUGAAGGUGGAAAAAAUUUCACUUGCAACAACAAGCUCAUUGGAGUUCGAUUCUACGACACGGAGUCAGCAAGGGAUGAAGACGGCCAUGGAACUCACGUUGCCUCAAUCGCAGCAGGCAAUGCUGUUAAGGACGUAAGCUUUUAUGGACUAGCAAAUGGUACUGCAAGAGGAGGUGUUCCUUCUGCAAGAAUAGCAGCAUACAAAGUCUGUGCUAAUACGUGCAGAAUAGAAAGUAUCUUGGCUGCCUUUGAUGAUGCUAUUGCUGAUGGAGUUGAUGUCAUUAUGAUUCAAAUGGGAGCUGAUUCGGGGAUUCGAUUUGAUGAGGAUCCUAUGUUAAUUGGUGCUUUUCAUGCAAUGAAGAAAGGGAUACUGACCACACAGUCAGCAGGCAAUGAAGGUCCCGGACCCGCUACUUCGUCAGAUUUUGCACCAUGGGUAUUGCUCGUUGCAGCUAGUACCAUAGAUCGCCAUAUCAUUGACAAGGUUGUUCUUGCUAACGGAAAGACACUUGUUGGGAAUUCCGUCAACACUUUCACAACAAAUGGAACAAGUUUUCCUCUAAUAUAUGGAAAAGAUGCUGCGACAAAAAAUUGCACUCAACUAAAUGCGGGACUCUGUCGUGAAGGUUGCCUGGACAGUGAUUCUGUAAAGGGAAAGAUAGUGGUAUGCGAUGCUGAAUACGGAGAUUAUAUGGCUUACGAAGCCAAUGCAUUUGGUUCACUUUUACAUGAAAACGACAGAACAGCGUUUAAUGUUCCCCUAAUCCCUUCAACCGUGUUAAUGGAUGAAGACCAUGAUGCGGUCAAGUCCUACAUGAACUCCACCAGAAACCCUCGGGCGAACAUACUUAAAAGCGAAGUCAUAAAAGACCCUUCUGCACCUAUUGUUGCUUCCUACUCUUCACGUGGACCAAAUCGAUUUUUUCCUGAUAUUAUUAAGCCAGAUAUUAGUGCACCGGGUUCUGAAAUUUUGGCUGCAUAUUCACCUAUUGCCUCUAUCUCAGAAUAUGAUGAAGACAUGAGGCGUGUAAAAUACAACUUGUUAUCUGGAACCUCCAUGUCUAGCCCACAUGCAGCCGGUGCAGCCGCGUAUGUUAAAGCAUUCCACCCUGAUUGGUCUCCGGCAGCCAUCAAAUCAUCUCUUAUGACAACUGCUUGGACCAUGAAUAGUACCAACAAUUCUACCGGUGAAUUUGCUUAUGGAUCUGGGCAUAUCAAUCCUGUAGAAGCUGUAAACCCGGGGCUUGUGUAUGAAGCUUCAGAAGAAGAUUAUAUAAAGUUGUUGUGCACAGUGUUUGAUGAAGGCAAAGUUAGACUCAUAUCAGGAGAUAACAGCACGUGCCCUAAAGGUUCGGAAAAAGGGUAUGCAAGGGAUCUUAAUUACCCUUCAAUGGGAGCUAAAGUUGCAGAAAUGGAGCCUUUUACAGUGAAUUUUCAUAGAAGAGUUAAUAAUGUUGGCCUCCUAAACUCUACUUACAGGGCCAGGAUCUCCUCGAACUCCAAAGUUGAUAUCAAAGUGGUUCCUGAAGUUCUUUCGUUCGAGUCUUUGAACGAGGAGAGGACUUUUGAUGUGAUUGUCACUGGAAGCGGUUUGCCAGAUCAAUCUCAAGUGUCAGGAUCGCUGGUUUGGACUGAUGGUGUUCACAGCGUUAGAAGUCCAAUUGUUGUUUAUGUGUUCAAUGGCAAAUGAUGUAUGC